UUUUUUUAUUCCACCAGGGGGCGCUAGGGACAACGCAAACGACUGUGAUUGGUUCAUCUUCAUCAGCGCUGAGAAAAAUAACACGUACCACAUGACUACAGAUGUACAUGCCGCUUGAGGGCCUUCAAUAUUAUUUACAUCCGCAUAACAAUACUGAGAAACUUUAGUAGCUGUUGAGUUGUGGACACAAUGAAGAAUUACAAAUCGAAUUAGGAGACUACUGUUUAGAUUCAUAAUACCUGACCAAUGUUUUACUCUAAUUGCCAUAUUACCGCAUAGGACAAAGUUAUUAACAGUCGAGUCGAGCGAUGGCGAUGUCACAAUUAUAUUUCAUCUGUUAACGGCAAAACCGGAUAACAAUUUUUGUUUCCCUGAAACGUUCCGUUAACGUUAGUUAGUGUACGCUUGAGAAAGAAAAAAUACAUUGUUCCUUGGACGUUAGGAGUUGUCUUCCAAAACACGCUAACGUGAGGAUUGACUCUUGGUGAAUCCAUAAACUUCCUUUUUAAACUGGCUAGUUGAAAACUACCCUCUGCCCUAUGGUCAGCUCUAGUUAAUCAUUAUUCACUCAGUACACAGGCUCUGGUGUAAUGCUGCUGACAUAGUGCCUGUGGAGCAGUUUUGUCAGUUCAUAAAAGAGCUUCAGGUUUUCCAGGCACAGUGUGCAGGUGUUAAGUGGCCCUCUUCUUCUAGUGUGGACAUUUUGAUUGGUUUAUGGCUCAGAUUCUUGCUCUCACAUGUUCUCUUCACCUGUGGCAUCCACUACGGGUGGGGUUUGCAUCAUUACGCUCUCGCAGUAUGUCGUCAUUAGAGACGCGAGCCCGGGCUGUGUUUUCUGCGGCCGUUGAAGGUGUGCAGCCAGACAAAGUUGUCAGCAGGGGUUUGGAGCGACAUGGGGACAAACUGCUUGUGGGUGGUCAGAGUUUCACUCUUAGUAAUAACCUUUAUUUGGUGGGCUUUGGUAAGGCUGUGCUUGGGAUGGCAGCAGAAGCAGAGAGGAUUGUAGGGGACCAUCUGAUUAAAGGGGUGGUCAGCGUGCCACAUGGUAUACAGAAUACACUACAACGUCAUGGGAAAGAGAAGAUGCUGCUUGAGAAUAACAGUAGAAUUACAGUGAUGGAAGGAGCAAAGCACAACUUACCAGAUGCAGAUGCCCAGAGGACAGCAGAGUGUAUUCGAGAGCUGGCCAGUGGUCUGACUGAGAAAGACCUGCUGCUUGUGCUCAUCUCUGGUGGGGGUUCAGCUUUAUUACCUGCUCCGGCCCCACCCAUGUCCUUGCUGGAGAAACAGGAUGUGACACGGCGACUCGCAGCAGCAGGGGCCACAAUUCAGGAGCUUAACACAGUGCGACGUGCUCUGUCCCUGUUGAAGGGUGGAGGACUUGCCCAAUGUGCCUACCCAGCCCAGGUGGUCGCAUUGAUUCUAUCAGAUGUCAUUGGAGAUCCUCUGGAUUUGAUAGCCAGUGGUCCUACAGUUGGGAGUGACACACGGCCAGAGGCGGUCUGGACUAUCUUGGAUCAUUAUAACCUUUCUGACUCACUCCCUUCUUCUGUGAAAGAGGUGCUUAGUAAAACUGGCCCUAGUAGGGGUAUACAGGUACAUGAAAAGCCACAAGAGGUCAAAGACCAUGUUUUAAAUGUUGUGAUUGGUUCUAACACCAUUGCUCUUGAAUGUGCAAGCCGCAAGGCCAGCGAAUUAGGACUUCGACCUGUCAUUCUAUCUCCAGGGGUAUGCGGUGACAUUUGCUCUGUUGCCAGACUAUAUGGCCUGCUUUUGCGGUUUGCAUGUUCCCCAGGCAAGGAACCUCCUCCAAAGCUUGCUGGACAGAUCCUUCAGCUAGGGCCAGAGGUUGGGAUAGAGAGCUGGGACUUGUGUCGCACCAUGCAGGUGCUUGGAGAGGAGAGGAAGGAAGGUUGGGGUGCUACCUGUCUGCUGGCUGGAGGAGAGCCAACAGUGCAUUUGACCGGAAAGGGCAGGGGAGGCAGGAACCAGGAGUUAGCCCUUCGGGUGGGGCUUGAGCUUAGUGGUGGAGAAGUGAAGAGUGGUGCAGUGUUUCUCAGCGGAGGAACCGAUGGGCAGGAUGGCCCCACUGAUGCAGCUGGCGCAGUCACUGAUGGGAACCUGAUGGAAGAGGCCAUAACUCAAGGUCUGGACAUUGAUGGCUUUCUAACAAAUAAUGAUUCAUUCACAUUUCUCUCUAAGCUCUCUGGAGGAAGAAGAUUACUCUUGCCUGGACUGACUGGCACCAAUGUGAUGGAUGUGCAUGUAAUGCUGCUGCCACCACCACCCCAAUGACACUGCCAGUGAUUUGACUAUAGAUAGAUGGAUGGAUGGCUAGAUUAGUAUGCCGCAAGUGCACUAUUCCAUUCAAUUGUUAGAAGAAAAUUAUAAUUCUAAGCAAAGCCAAAUUUGUAAGAUUUAUCAUUAUAGCAUAUAUUUUCAUAACAAAGUAAUUUGUACAUAACAGCUAACAAUAUCUGCAGUCACUUUUACCAUUUUAAAGUCAUGAAAUCAACUUAAAUCAGAUUCAUCUGAGCAUGUUAUUCCAAAAUAAUACAUUAAAAAAGUUUGGUUAUGUAAUCUUUAAUCGAAAUGUAAUAACUUGCUCCACCUCUAAAGUAGAGCGAUCGACUGAUAUUGGAUUUUGCCAAUACAAUAAUUAAGGUGGUGGAAAAGGCAGAUAACUGUUUAAUCAGUAUAUAGUUUAUAAGAUCGAUUUAUAGAAUGUUAAAAAAAAGAUGUAUAUGACAGGUAUGGGCAUAGAUGCUACAACAGUUUAAAAUGGAUAAACUCCCAGAUGCAGUUUAUUGUGCAACCAAAAUCAUAAUAAUAACCAGAAAAAAAUAAAGAUUUGGUGCAUAAUGAGGGACAUUUAACUAUAAACAAGCCCGAAACACUCAAGAGACUCUUAUUUUAAAGUAGAGGCUCCGUUACAAUGCUCUAUAUUAAAGCAUUUACACAGUUAAGCUUUUUAUAGCCUAAAUAUUCACCAGAUGAAUGCUUGCGUGUGUGUGUGUGUAUAUAUAUAUUAAUAUAUAUAUAUAUAGCCACCGAUCAGCCACAACAUUAAAACCACCUGCCUAAUCCUGUGUUGGUCCCACUCAUGCCGCCAACACAGCGCCAACCCACAUCUCAGAAUAGCAUUCUGAGGUGAUAUUCUUCUCACCACAAUUCUACUUAAUCAACCAGGCAUUUCUGUCCACAGAACUGCCGCUCACUGGUUUUUAUUUUAGUUUUUGGCACCAUUCGGAGUAAAUUCUAGAUACUGGUGUCCGUGAAAAUCCCAAGAGAUCAGCAGUUACAGAAAUACUCAAACCAGCCCGUCUGGCACCAACAAUCAUCCAUGCGAUUAUCUAAUCGGCAAAUCAUGUGGCAGCAGUGCAUCAUGCAGCUAUGAGUAACAUCAUGCAGAUAUGGGUAAGGAACUUCAGCUUAAUGUUCACAUCAACAAUCAGAACGGGGAAAAAUGUGAUCUCAUUGAUUUGGACCAUGGCAUGAUUGUUGGUAUCAGGUCAACCGAGAAUGGCCAGAAUGGUUUGAACUGACAAAGUCUACGGUAACAAUUGUCAGGAGAAGAACAGCAUCUCAGAAUGCUAUUCUGAGAUGUGGGUUGGCGCUGUGUUGGCGGCACGAGUGGGACCUACACCAACAUUUUAAUGUUGUGGCUGAUGGGUGUGUUUGUAUGUAAAUAUAUAUAUAUAUAUACACACACAAACACACACACAGUCGAAGUCAGAAGUUUACAUGUACCUUAGCCAAAUACAUUUAAACUCAGUUUUUCACAAUUUACAUUUAAUUUUAGAAAACAUUGCCUGUCUUAGGUCAGUUAGGAUCACUACUUUAUUUUAAGAUUGUGAAAUUUCAGAAUAAUAGUAGAUAGAAUGAUAUAUUUCAGCUUUUAUUUCUUUCAUCACAUUCCUAGUGGGUCAGAAGUUUACAUACACUUUGUUAGAAUUUGGUAGCAUUGCCUUUAAAUUGUUUAACUUGAGUCAAAUGUUUUGGGUAGCCUUCUACAAGCUUGCUGGAAUUUUGGCCCAUUCCUUCAGACAGAACUGGUGUAACUGAGUCAGGUUUGUAGGCCUCCUUGCUCAAAUAUUAUUUUCAGUUCUUCCCACAAAUUAUGGAUUGAGGUCAGGGCUUUGUGAUGGCCACUCAAAUACCUUGACUUUGUUUUCCUUAAGCCAUUUUGCCACAACUUUGGAUGUAAACUUGGAGUCAUUGUCUAUUUGGAAGGCCCAUUUGCAACCAAGCUCCAACUUCUUGACUGAUAUCUUGAGAUAUCAAUAUAUCCACAUCAUUUUCCUUCCUCAUGAUGCCAUCUAUUUUGUGAAGUGCACCAGUCCCUCCUGUAGCAAAGCAUCCCCACAACAUGAUGCUGCCACCUCCAUGCUUCACGGUUGGGAUGGUGUUCUUCGACUUGCAAGCCUCACCCUUUUUUCCUCCAAACAUAACAAUGGUCAUUAUGGCCAAACAGUUCAAUUUAAUGUUAAUUGUCUUUACAUUAGACCAGAGGACAUUUCUCCAAAAAGUAAGAUCUUUGUCACUAUUUGUACCUGCAAACUGUAGUCUGUCUUUUUUAUGGCAGUUUUUGAGCAGUGGCUUCUUCCUUGCUGAGCAGCCUUUCAGGUUAUGUCGAUAUAGGGCUUGGUUUUACUGUAGAUAUAGAUACUUGUCUACCUGUUUCCUCCAGCAUCUUCACAAGGUCCUUUGCUGUUGUUCUGGGAUUGAUUUGCACUUUUUGCACCAAACUACAUUCAUCUCUUGGAGACAGAUUGAGUCUCCUUCCUGAGCGGUAUGAUGGCUGCAUUGUCCCAUGGUGUAGAUGCUUGCAUACCAUUGUUUGUACAGAUGAACAUGGUAACUUCAGGCAUUUGGAAAUUGCUCCCAAGUAUGAACCAGACUUGUGGAGAUCCAUAUUUUUUUCUGUGGUCUUGGCUGAUUUUCUUUUGAAUGUCCCCUGAUGUCUAGCAAAGAGGAACUGAAUUUAAAGGUAUGCCUUAAAAUACAUCCACAGGUACACCUCCUGAAUGAAGCUAAUUGUCUAAUGGCUUGACAUCAUUUUCUGGAAUUUUCCAAGCUGUUUAAAGGCAGUUAACUUUGUGUAUGUAAACAUCUGACCCACUGGAAUUGUGAUAGUCAAUUAAAAGUGAAACAAUCUGUCUGUUAACAAUUGUUUAAAAAAUAACUCAUGUCAGGCACUAAGUAGAUGUUCUAAAUGACUUGCCAAAACUUGCUAAUAUUAAAUCUGUGGAAUGGUUAAAAAAUGUGUUUUAAUGACUUCAGCCUAAGUGUAUGUAAGGUUCUGAAUUCAACUGUGUGUGUGUGUAUAUAUAUAUUUGUUUUUUUUUCCACCAGAUGAGGUUUAAUGAGGAAUAAUGUUUUUUAUUAUUAUUCACAAGAUAUGCAGUUGGAAACACAAUAAAAAAAAAUUAAAAACAACUAUGGCAACUAUUGGCAUAUAUUUUUGCAGAUAACCGAUAGUUCCAAAAAGCAACUAUCGGCACAGAUUAAUUUGUAAAACCAAUAUAUCGGUCUUCCUAUACUCUGAAGCAGCUUUCAUUUUUGGCUGACAUCAAAGUUCCCUUAUUUUUUUUAAAUCCUGCCUUCCAACCCCUUGGCUCUACUAUGGUAUGAAUGCCAACAUUUCACUAUAUUCAAUCAAUUCCUGAUGAAUUUUCAUCAAGUGCUGUCCUAAAUUAUUAUUAUUUUAAUAUCAUGCUUUACAUUUGAAAUGUCACUUUACAAACACAGAUGUAAGACAGGUUGCGAAUGCUAUUUCAUUCUUAGUAUUACAGAGUACUUUUGGAAUCUUAAAAUAUCAGAGACAUCCACAUUACUAGAUAAAAUUUUCAUUUAUUUAUUUCAAAGCAAAAAGACAGCUGUAACCUCUAGGAUACCAGAAGGCACAUUUAUGUCUUUAUCUCUAUACAGACUAUUAUCUUACAUCUCAAAUCAAUGAUCUUACAUGAUUUCUACAAAUAGAUUCGGGACCUUUAAUUUUGUCCGGCAUUGAUGUCGGUUUUUAAUAGUCAAAGGAUAUUGUUUGCAUAUCUCUCAGGUCUUAUCUACUUGCAGAAUUCUAUCCAAAUAAAAGUGUCUCCAAAACAACCUGAAAUAAAGAGUAGGAACUGCAAGAUGUCAGAUCAUGUGCUCUCUGUGCAGUGCACAGCACAAUUCUGCUGGAUAUAUCUGAACAAAAUGUGUUUGGGUCUUGAACAUUGCACCACAGUCCAGCACAGGGCCAAAAGUACCAAUGACUAUACAUGUAAGUAUUUUAUGGCACAGGAUCUGUUUUAUUUAAACAUCCUGGAGGAAUGCAGUUGCCGUUCUCCAACUUGUGAGUUUGUGCUUUUCUUAGUCCUGCAGCA